ACAUACUGCCAGCCUAACCCGUUUGAGAGGAGCUAGACGCACCCUAUCCAUCAAGACUGAAGAGUAUGAUGAUUUUUACAUAACUAGAGUUCUGUAUCCUCAAAAUCAAAUAAAAAUGGCGUCUUCUUCUUCAUCAUCAGCACUCAUCACCUCAAUCUUCACCUACAAACCCCACAACUCCACAAUACUACGUCGUAUCAAGCUCCACCGUCCAUUAUGCACUUCCCCUUUCACCACACUCAUCUCUUCAAAAAGCCUUGGUUACACUGCUACAACCUCAUCUGGGCCGCCCAAGAUUGGACCUUUCUCACUCCAUUUCUCAAGAAACUUGUCACAAACAAGGCCCACUAGUCUCUUGAAGAAAAAUGAAGAUGGCCCAUCUCUUCAUCACUUCAUUUCUCAAGCUGCUUUAGCUUCUACAGAGCCUCAAAUUGCUCCUCUGCCUGUUUCAGCUUCUGAAGUGCUUCCUCUAGGUCGGAUAUAUCAUGAAACAUAUGGUUGUCAAAUGAAUGUCAACGAUAUGGAGAUUGUAUUGUCUGUCAUGAAGAAUGCUGGCUAUAAUGAGAUUGUGGAAGCUCCAGAGAGUGCAGAGAUAAUCUUUAUCAAUACUUGUGCUAUCCGAGACAAUGCUGAACAAAAGGUGUGGCAGAGGCUUAAUUAUUUUUGGUUUUUAAAGAGGCACUGGAAGAGCAAUGUUGCUACUGGGCGAUCAGAGUCGUUACGCCCCCCAAAAGUGGUUGUUUUGGGAUGUAUGGCUGAAAGAUUAAAAGAGAAGAUAUUAGAUGCAGAGAAGAUGGUGGAUGUGGUAUGUGGACCUGAUGCGUAUCGUGAUUUACCACGACUUCUGGAAGAAGUUGAUUAUGGUCAGAAAGGGAUUAAUACACUUCUUUCUCUUGAAGAAACUUAUGCUGAUAUUAGUCCUGUCCGUAUCUCUAAGAAUUCAGUCACUGCUUUUGUCUCUGUGAUGAGAGGUUGCAAUAACAUGUGCUCGUUCUGCAUUGUCCCCUUCACUAGAGGCAGAGAGAGGUCUCGUCCAGUGGAAUCAAUCGUGAGAGAGGUGGGAGAGCUUUGGAAAGAAGGAGUGAAAGAGGUAACGAUUCUUGGCCAGAAUGUGAAUAGCUACAAUGACGCGUCUGUAAUAGAAGAUGCUGAACCAGGAACCAGUUGGAAAUUAAGUGAAGGUUUUUCCACCAUAGCAAAGGUGAAAAAAGUGGGCUUGCGCUUUGCGGAUCUUUUGGAAAGACUUUCGACAGAAUAUCCAGAGAUGCGGUUCAGAUAUACAUCCCCUCAUCCCAAAGAUUUUCCUGAUGAAUUGCUUUAUAUAAUGCGAGAUAGAUAUAAUAUCUGUAAAAACAUACAUCUGCCUGCACAAACAGGAAGCACUACAGUACUUGAGAGAAUGCGUCGGGGAUACACGCGAGAAGCAUACUUGGAUCUUGUUCAGAAGAUCCGCAGAAUAAUUCCUGAUGUUGGUCUGAGCAGUGAUUUCAUAUGUGGCUUUUGUGGUGAAACAGAGGAGGAACACAGAGACACACUAAGCCUUGUUAAGGCUGUUGGUUAUGAAAUGGCAUAUAUGUUUGCCUAUAGCAUGAGAGAGAAAACCCAUGCUCACAGGAACUAUGAGGAUGAUGUCCCUGAUGAUGUAAAACAGAGGAGGUUGGCAGAACUCAUUGAUACGUUCCGUGCGAGUACAGGCAAGUGUUUUGAGUCUCAAAUUGGUACUGUGCAACUUGUGCUGGUUGAAGGUCCCAAUAAGAGAGCUCCCGACACAGAGCUCAUUGGAAAAAGUGAUAGAGGGCACAGAGUAAUAUUCACAAAGAUGCCUGUCCCGGAUCGGGUUGAUGAUAGCGGGAAGCGUGAUCCAAGAAUCGGUGAUUAUGUGGAAGUUUCUAUACAAAGGUCUACAAGAGCAUCACUCUUUGGUGAAGCACUUGCUGUUACUAAAUUGAGUACAUUUUAUAAUAUUGCACAUGAAGAAGUUGCGGCCUGUGCAAACUAAACUCACAGUAACGCUAAUUUUGAAGGUUCUAUAGUCUUUACGAGUUAUUUACCUUUGCCAUAUUACUUUAUCAAAUACUAUAUUAUUUCAUUGCUUGAAGAUUUACCGAA